CGCACGACCCCAAAAGCAGCGCCAACAGCUUUGUUGGUUCGCCGACCGGUGUUUCUGCUAUCUCACCUCCUGUCGCGACUUUGCGCAUCCGCCGUUUCGUCCAUCGCCGUCGCGCGGCUUUCGAUCAGGGUUUCGAAAGCGUCGUCGCAAAGCAUACGAGGAGGAAAAGGAAAAGCACAUAUGCUCGUUGCUCUCGCAGGGAUCGCCAGACUCACGAGCAGAGUCGGAGCAUCGGCGUCGCACUUCGCCGGCUUAUCUGGUGCGAGAAGAGCUUGUUUGACCGCGGUCUUAUCCGGACUUCGACCACAGCAGGCGAUCCUAUCGGCCAGGUGCUACUGCUGAGUCGUCGUCGCUAGCCUUGAACGUCGCUCGAAGUCGUCGCUCGGAACCAAACGCCUUCAGUAUGGACGCGGAGAAAGGCACCGCCCCCGGAAUUCUCAGGGCAUGGGACUUCGACAUUUCUCCCGAAGACCUGCACAUCAGGGCGUCCAAGAUCAUGGACGAGUGCCGCAAGAUCUGCGAGAAGGUCGGCGCACUGCAGGGCGACGAGAUCACCUUCGAGUCCGUGCUUGGGGAAAUCGCUGAGGGCCAGCGUAUAUUUGCCAAUGAGAGGCUCUACCUCGACCUGCCCAUGUAUGUUUCAGCUAAGAAGGAACUCCGGGACGCCAGUGCCGAAGUGUCGAGCAAGCUCAAUGAGUUUGAAAUUGAGAUCGACAUGCGGACCGACAUCUUUCAGAAGCUGCUGGUGCUGGAGAAGAAGGACACCAGCUGCCUUUCGCCCGAAAGGAAGCGUUUCCUCGACAGGCUCAUUAAGCUCCGCAAACGAGACGGUCUCCACCUGGAUGCAGAAGUGCAGAAAAAGGUGAAGCAACUGAAGAACGACAUCAGCGAGCUCGAGGUGAAGUACAACAAGAAUUGCAACGAGGAAAACACGGUGCUCGAGUUCACCGACGAGCAGCUUAAGGGCAUGCCCGAGGACUUCAUCAAGAGCCUCGAGAUGGUUGAGUCUGGCAAACGCAAGGUGACGCUGAAGCACCCGCACGUGAUGCCCAUCAUGAAAAUGGCCGCUGACCCAGAGACUCGCAAGAAGGUCAACUUUGCUUGCGAAUCCAGGUGCGUUACGGAGAACAUACCCCUGCUUGAGAAGGCCAUAUCUCUGAGAGACCAGAAAGCCCAAAUACUCCACUAUCCUACUCACGCAGACUACAUCACCGAGCUGCUGAUGGCGCGUUCGGCCGCCAACGUGAAGCGCUUCCUCACUGAACUGGCCGACAAGCUGCAGCCACUGUGGGCGAAGGAAAAGAAAGUUCUGCUCGAGCUGAAAGAGGAAGAGUGCAAACGCCAGGGGAUCCCCUUCGAUGGUGAGCUUCACUGCUGGGACGUGGCCUUCUACAAGAAUCUGGUGGAAGAGCGACACUACAAGGUGGACCAGGAGAAGCUGCGGGCGUACUUUCCCUUGGACGUUGUCAUGAAGGGCUUGUUUGGCAUAUACGAGCUUCUUUUGAGGCUGAAGUUUGAAGAGAUAGACAAACCUGCCCUAUGGCAUCCUGAGGUUCGCAUGUUCAAGGUGACCGACAGUGAGACCAAGGAGCUUCUCGGCUACUUUUUCAUGGACCUGUUCCCGCGAGAGGGCAAGUACAGCCACUUCUGCAACAUUCCACUGCAGGCAACUUGUCGCAAGCCAGAUGGCACUAGGCAAAUUGGUGUCGUGGCCGUUGUGUGCAACUUCCCGAAACCCACAGCGGACAAGCCAUCUCUGCUGACGCACAGUGAUGUGGAGACAUUCUUCCACGAGUUUGGUCACACCAUGCACCAUCUUUGCAGUCAGACUGAGCUAGUCAUGUUUGAGGGCACGACAGUGGAGCGCGAUUUCCUGGAGUGUCCGUCUCAGAUGCUGGAGAACUGGUGCUGGGACAUGGAGAGCCUGGGCCGCAUGUCCAAGCACUACAGCUCGGGUGAGCCGCUUCCCAAGGAGUUGGCCGACCCGCUGAUUGCCUCGCGGCUCGCCAAUGUGGGCCAGUUCAACCUGCGCCAGAUCACCCUGGCCUUGUUCGAUUUGGAACUACAUGUCAAACCGGAGGCAGAGACGGCCAAGCUGUUUGCAGAGAUCCAGGAAAAACUUCUCGGCUACAAGCCGCAGCCGGGGACCAACUUUGCUGCUAACUUCUCCCAUCUGAUGGGUGGAUAUGACUCCCGCUACUACGGCUACUUGUGGAGUCAAGUGUUCAGCAUGGACUUGUUUGACACGCGCUUCAAGAAAGAGGGCAUCCUGAACCCCAAGACCGGCAUGGACUAUCGAAGACAGAUCCUUGAGACUGGCUCGACAAAGGACGCCGAAGUCAUGCUGCGAAACUUCCUGGGCCGAGAUCCCCGAAUGGAUGCCUUCCUUGCGAGCAAGGGUCUCGCACCUCCAAGCUGAUGUCAUUUCUCAUUUCCGUUGGAAUGUUCUCCCAGCAUACUCGCUCCUCGCGGUGGCCUUCUUUUUUCUGUAACUUUCUAAAAGCUCGGACCGUACCCUCCACCUCAUCGGGAGUUUUCCGAUAGAUCUGUAUUGCUUGUCGACGAAGAAACCAGUGUGCUUUGCUUCUUCUUACGUGCCAUGAUGGCGUACGUCUUUGACGGGCAACGUGAAACCAGGACAGAGUCGUGACUUGGCGUCACGCGAUAAGCCUUUUCUUUUUUUUACUCAUUUUUUUUUACUCUGUGUGUUCAAGUAAAAGACUUGAAACAUUGUGGUAUA